AUGAAGCCCCUGCCUGCCAUGCGGUUCCGUCACGCUCUGCUUCUGAUAUGGAGUGUUGCCUGGGCGACCAUGCCGCGCAGUGCCUUCACUACCACCAAGAGGUCAGCGAAUCUUCCUGCGCCUGCACCCUGCGUGUCUCCGACAACUCAUGGUCUCAGGCGGCCACACCCAGCUGCAACAAAGCUCUUUCUCUCAGGGUUCAGUUUGGGCCUUGUAGCCUACGCUGCCGGUAGCCACCGCCUGCGCCGACAGAAGUUUUGUACAUCCAGUGCCAGGCAGUCGGUCGGAACAUCACUGGACCCAAGCUUUGGGUUGAAGCAGGAUCAGAAAGGUCGUCGCUUGGGCACUUCGAGACUCACUGGCUUCGAGGAGUUCAUGGCCCAGUUGGUGGGGGCGCCCGAAGGACCGGUGCAGCUGGACGAGGCCGACUACCGGGCCCACGUCUUCGAUGCGCAGGAGCAGAUGAAAGCACUGGCGAAGUCGUCGGAGCCUUUCACCUUGGACCAGUCUGGCAACGCGGGCUCCAUCUAUGGCAUCGGCAGACGAGAGUAUCAGAAGCAACACGGCCGCCUGAACCUUUCACGCCUUCGUGGCAUCAUUGAUUUCGACUCUGCCGCACGGACGGUGACAACAGGAGCGAAGACGGAUUUCAAGACCCUCACCCGGUUCUUGCUGGAUCGCGGCUUUAUCGUUCCCGUCGUCCCAGAGGUGGACACCGUCACAGUGGGAGGGGCCAUAUCGGGAAUUGUCAUGGAGGCCGCGAGUUUCCGACACGGCUUCGUACACAACACUGUGCAGAGCAUGGAGGUGCUGCUGCCAGAUGGCAGCGUCGUUCUCUGCAGUCGCGAGGACAAUGCUGAGCUUUUCAAUGCGAUCCCCCAUUCAUAUGGCACUUUCGGAUACGUGUUGAGCGCGACCAUGCUGGUGGUGCCGGCAGAGACUGAAGUGAUGGUUAGGGUCCAGGAGCUCCCAACACCCCGAGAUGCUGUGGAUGGCAUUGCCAAAGCUGCCCGAGAUCCUGCCGUGGAUUUCGUCGAAGGCAUUAUCUUCGGACAAGACCGUGCCUUGACGAUGACUGCUUCCAUGUGUGCGCCGGAGUCGCUCGAAUCGAAUUUGUCUACCGUCGUAUUGCCAGACGACGGCAGGUACAUAGAUGUGGUGUGCAGGCAUUUGGAUGAGAGCAGAGCAAACUGGCAUUCUAAGAACGUGUCCUGCAGUUUCCGCAUGUCAACCUUCGAUUUCUUGUAUCGCUGGGACUGUGACAUCUUCUGGGCCACCCGGCGAACGAAUUUCCUUGGCGUCCCCGCGGUGCGAGAAGCCCUCGGGCGAGCAUGCUUACGAUCAAAGGUGCUCUGGCCUGUUGGGACAUUCCUGCGUGGGACGAAG